UUUUUUAGAAUCUGUAUUUUCUAUACUGAGAGUAUCAAGUUCAACGACCUUGCAUGUGUGAAAUAGUGACAACUCCAGUUGUAUCUGUCCAGAGCGAUCUCGAUUCUUUUCUGAUUGCUGAGAGCGAGCGAGCAACUGACCUUGAUUCCAGGCUAUUUUUUACCGACUAAAAGAUAAAAUGAUUCAUCAUUUUUUCACCAAACGUCCGUUCGUUUUUUCAGGCCCCGGCGUACGUUGACAGCUCCAUUGGAGCUGUUUUUUUUUCUACGGUCAAUCAAUAAACAAUCCAAAGCGAAGGUUUUUUUUCAAGAGAUUACUUUCAUCAUUUUUGUUUCUCUAGAGCUCGUUGUUGUUGUAGAAAGAUUGAUUGAAUGAGAGGGAGACUCUGUAUCGUCGUCCUCCUAUAUUCUGAGUAAGUAGGUGUGUUUCAUCCACCUUCAUUGAAGUUGAAAACUUUUCAUCAGACAUCAUUGAUCUAAAUAAGUAUAAGUCAUCAAGCUACAUUAAAACUACGCACUUCUGACCUGUUUUCCAAAUUGAUGAUGAUGUCAUAGAAGCAGAGAACCGCACCAGUGAAAUUGCAAUAUUUUUAUCCAUCGUCAUCUUUUUGAUACUCUGUUUACUCAUCAUUCAUACAUCAUCAAUCACUUGAAGAUAGAAGACACAUAGUAACGCGUCGGACGCUCCCAAGUGGUCGAGAAUCCAUCGUCCUGAAAGUCGUACACCAAGUAGAACAAGUUGUAUCAGAAAAUUUUUUCACCAUUUUUAUCAAUCCUGUUUUCAACUCAAAGAAGUCAUUAUCAAAAAAUGUUGCGCCAUCACGGAGUGAUCAAUCAAGUCCGGCAACAGUUUCGGUUUGCUAAGGUCCUCAAUCGUCACAGUCCUGUCCCGAUCGCCAUUCAGGCACGUCGCAUCGCGACGUUUCGUAAGGAAUAUGAGGCUCAUGUUAAGGCUUACAACAGAAAUUCAUCCUAAGAGUAUAAGAACAAGCAUCUUUCUUUGACUGCUUCUAUUUUCAUCGGGAAAACCAAUACCAAAGCACUUCAAGGUCAUCAAAGAUGCUUUUGCUUUUCAUCAAGAUGAAAGAAUAUACGCAAGGUCUAAUCAUGUCGCAGAACGAGCGAAAGAGGGUAUCCCACCCAAGCCUUUGGAUCCGGCACAAACAAAACGAGUCUGCGAAUUGUUGACGGAAAAGACGGGGGCGGAUGGUAUUGGGGAAAGAUUCCUUGUUCCUAGAAUGAAAAUCGCAUAAAAAGCAGAAGCACGCUCUUAUUUUUUCUCAUCUUCUCAUCUCUGUACCACUAGGACAACUCAUGCUCAUCUCCUUAGACCUAUACCUAUAUUCUUCUUCUCAUCUCCACAAAAAUCCAGCCGAAUGGCUCAAAGAGCUGUUGACACAGCGUGUCCCAGCUGGCGUCGAUGAUGCGGCUCGCGUCAAAGCCUCCUUCUUGGACGAUAUCACCAAGGGCAAGGCCACCUGCUCUGUCCUGACCAAGGCAGAGGCAACGGAAUAUCUGGGAACUAUGUUGGGAGGUAUAAUAAUUAUAAUCCGUCGAACAACAGAGAUAGACUAGUAGUAGGUGAUUAUGAUUUUGAUUACCACAACAACUGCGUGUAGAAGUUUUUUUUAGUUUCAACAUUCUCCAUUUCGUCCUCCGGGAUGAUCAACAUCAAAGAUGGUUGUAAAUUGUUGGUAGAAUCAUGUGAACGAGUUGAUUCGCAAUUACCUCAUCCAUUAUCCGACACUGACAGGUUACAACGUCCAAUCUUUGAUCGAUUGCCUCGAUGACCCGGAAAUGGCACCGAUUGCCCAGAAAGCCCUCUCUCACACCCUCCUCGUCUUUGACGCCUUCCAUGACGUCGAGGAGAAGAGCAAAGCAGGCAACGCCGCUGCCAAAGCUAUCAUGGAUUCGUGGGCGAAGGCUGAGUGGUUCCACGCCAAGCCGAAGGUGGCGGAAAAGAUCACCGUCACGGUGUUCAAGGUGACGGGAGAGACGAACACAGAUGACUUGAGUCCGGCACCGGAUGCAUGGUAAUUUUUCAAAAAAAAAUUUCAUCUUCUAGAUAGCAUUUUCUCAAAAACAGAUAAAGUAGAUGAUUCACAUUCAUCAUCUGCCUCUCUACAACCCACCUCAACAUCCAGGUCCCGUCCCGACAUCCCUCUCCAUGCCAAUGCGAUGCUCAAAAACGAACGUGACGGCAUCCACAAUGCCAAGGAGCAGAUCGCCGAACUCCAGAAGAAGGGCCACGAUAUUGCUUACGUCGGUGACGUUGUUGGCACGGGUUCUUCCCGCAAAUCCGCUACCAACAGCGUCAUGUGGUACAUGGGUGAGGACAUGCCUUACAUCCCCAAUAAGAAGGCGGGAUCGGUCUGCAUUGGUGGCGUCAUUGCCCCAAUCUUCUUCAACACUAUGGAAGACUCCGGAGCAUUGCCGAUCGAGAUGGACGUCUCGGGUCUGCAUAUGGGAGACGUGAUCGACAUCUUUCCGUACGAGGGAAAGGUGUGCAAGCACGGAACUGACGAAGUGCUCACCAACUUCAGCCUGAAGACGGAAGUCUUGCUGGAUGAAGUGCAGGCUGGAGGUAAUACGAACAUUUUUGUUUUUCUUUGAAUAUAUCAAACAUCAACAUCAAGUUAACGUUUUUGUAGUUGAGCAAAAAUUGCAGAUGAGUUGUCAUUUUCCAUCCCCAUGUGCUCUCUCCAGGUCGUAUUCCCCUCAUCAUCGGUCGUGGGCUGACCCGCCGUGCUCGCGAAUCGCUCGGUUUGGCUCCUUCCACCGACUUCCGCGCCCCCAAGCAACCCGAUACUAAUGUUGAGGGCUACUCUCUCGCACAGAAGAUGGUCGGCCGCGCUUGCGGCGUCGAGGGCGUUGUCCCCGGCACCUACUGCGAACCAGCUAUGGGCACAGUCGGGUCGCAGGAUACCACAGGUCCCAUGACUCGUGACGAGCUAAAGGAUCUGGCCUGCUUAGGUUUUUCGGCAGACCUGGUCAUGCAAUCUUUCUGCCACACAGCGGCAUACCCAAAACCAGUUGAUGUCAUCACCCACAACACUCUGCCGGAGUUUAUGCAUGGUAAUAUUUUGUCGCUGGAUUAUUUCGCGUCUGGGAAAUCUUAGGCAGCUCGCCGAAUAGAUUCAAUUCAUCAAUAUUUCGCUGCUAUAAGUUUAUGCAUGGUAACAUUUUGCUGCUAUAUAUUUAAUGCUACAACAUUUUGACUUUGAUGUGAAAGAUGGAAAUCGAAAUGAUUUACCCGGGGCGUUACCCUGCUGUGCACAACAUACAACAAAUUUUUUUGCUUCUCAAGAUAUAAGGAGAACUAGAUGAACUACUGCUUUAAUACCAACAACACCCCUCAUUUAUAAUUCUUAAUCUUUUCUCUCAGACCGCGGUGGUGUUGCGCUCCGCCCUGGUGAUGGUAUCAUCCACAGUUGGUUGAACAGAAUGCUCCUUCCCGAUCAAGUGGGAACUGGUGGUGACUCUCAUACUCGUUUUCCCCUUGGUAUCUCUUUCCCAGCUGGAUCUGGUCUGGUCGCCUUCGCCGCAGCCACCGGGGUCAUGCCGUUGGAUAUGCCGGAGUCUGUUUUGGUCCGAUUCUCCGGAGAGAUGCAGCCGGGAAUCACUCUCCGUGAUUUGGUCCACGCUAUUCCGUACUAUGCGAUCCAACAGGGUCUCUUAACCGUCGAAAAGAAGGGAAAGAAGAACGUGUUCUCCGGAAAGGUCCUUGAGAUCGAAGGAUUGAAGGGAUUGAAGGUACUAAUAUAAUGCCAUGACAUGAUUACAAAUGAAGAUAGCACGAAGAACCUUCAACUACAGGUCGAGCAAGCUUUCGAGCUUUCUGAAAUUAAGGUAUACUAUAAGAAUUCUCUCCAACAACUACAGGUCGAGCAAGCUUUCGAGCUUUCUGACGCCAGCGCCGAGCGAUCCGCCGCUGGCUGCGCCAUCGAUAUUGACAGGGAUAGCGUUGAGGAGUACCUAAGUUCUAACAUCACCAUGCUCAAGUGGAUGAUCUCUGAGGGCUACAAUGACGAGCGAACGCUCAAGCGCCGUAUUGGAAAGAUGGAAGAGUUCUUGCGGGAGAAGCCGGAACUCCUGAGGGCAGACAAGGGCGCAAAAUACCACACCGUGUUGGAAAUCGAUAUGAACGAUAUCAAGGUACGUCUAUAUGUAUAUAUAAAGAACAUUAGCUAUGUAUUUCUUGUUUCUUGCGUGGUACAUGAGCUAAGCGUUGUCUGGAGAUUACCGUCAACGUCAUUCUUGAUAAGGACCUUGAACAAGAACAAGAUUUACAUGUACAUGAGUUUGACUCCUCGGUGAGCAAAAUAAACAAGAUUUUGUACUGAAUUCCCUAUGUAUCGUAAUCUUAAAAUCACAAUCACAUCAACCUACAGGAACCCGUCCUCUGCUGCCCUAACGAUCCUGAUGAUGCUAAGUUGCUGUCUGACGUCGCUGGCGAGAAGAUUGAUGAGGUCUUUAUCGGUUCUUGCAUGACCAACAUCGGUCACUUCCGUGCAGCAGCACAAGUCUUGAAGGGAAUGGAUCCGGCGUCACCAGGUACUAACUUUUAUUGGCUUCUCUUGAUUAGCUUCUUCUUUCACUUGAUGUUGAUGCCAAACUGUAAAAUUUUAUCGAUGAGACUUCCAUCAACCCCGCCCAAGACAUCCGUCCCCACCCGUUUGUGGAUCGCGCCACCUGUCAAUUCCCCUUGAUACCAAAAAAUAUCUACAGCCGUCCCCACCCGUUUGUGGAUCGCCCCGCCGACCAAGAUGGACGAAGCCCAACUCAUCCAGGAGGGCCACUAUUCCACUUUCGGAACCGCUGGAGCCCGCCUCGAGAUGCCAGGUUGCUCCCUGUGCAUGGGUAACCAGGCAAGAAUCGCUGAGAAGUCAACUGCAGUUUCCACGUCUACCCGAAACUUCCCCAACCGAUUGGGCAAGGGCACCAACGUGUACCUGGCAUCCGCAGAAGUCGCGGCAGUGGCCUCUAUCCUCGGAAAGCUGCCAACGCCGCAGGAGUACCAGGACUACGCAAAGAGCCUGAAGGCCGAUAGCGGCGAGAUCUACCGAUACCUGAACUUCGACCAACUGCCCCAGUACGAGAAGGCGGCGGAUUCUGUCAAGAUGUAACUCUAAGUACAAUUUAAGGAGAGGGAUGAUGAUGUGAUGUUCUUGUACAACUUGCUGUACCUCCACGCAACCUGAUUGUCGUAGUAGAAAAGUCCGAAGAUUUAUGCAACAAGAACUAAUUAAAAUUAGUUGCUCGUAGUCAAAAUGAAGCCUUGAAAGAGGAGGUUCUUGAAGUUUUGCAUGAACCACUACAAAGGUCCUAAUUGUAGCUCGUUCUAAUCGGACACUAGGUCGUCAUCAUGAGUUUCUCAUGAACGAGGGUCAAGAUCUUCCUGCAAACAACAAGAAUUAGAGGAGGUCCGCUGGCGCGACACCUGCAAACAUUCAAAUUUUCCAUUCGAAACUACAACAAUUAUGAACGUUUUGUGAUUCGUUAACAUUUGUAGAACCACCUUCGUAUCAAGAGCAAGGUUGCGUUCCAGUCCUAUACGUAUGACAAAAAAUGAGUAGAAGAUGUGUGUGGAACGACAAGUCCUCUACCUGGCUUUUCAGCAUUGAUGCCUGCAUAAAACACUUGUACUUGAUAUAGCAACAUCUUCAUCCAGAUCUACAUCAACAUUACAACAUUGAGACACUUCCAUGAUCCACCGAGAAUCUAUUUACUACGCGCAAGAAUUACGGACAAGGUAAUGAAUAUGAACAAGAAAAAUGUCAAACUAUUUCUAUUUCACUAGCAUUUAUUUGUUCGACAACAGAACGAACAUCAUUCUUACGAUGGAAAUCGAAAUCUCGUGAUAGAAGAUUUACAUCCGUAUCACAAACACACUAAAAAAACUACUAUCUUCUGUAUUUCAACUGUUUUCGGUCAAUCAAUAUUAUCAAUUAGCACCUAUUCAUUAGAAAAGUAGUGGGUGUGGGUUAAUCAAUUUUUGAAUUUUGUAAUUGAUCAAAGGAUGAAGAUGCAGCAUAAUAAUUGCUCUACAUCAACAAUAUACUCAAAGUCGACCAACAUGUCACUCUAAAAAUCGUAGAAAAAUCUCAAUAUUUCUUAGUUAUCCUGUAAUUGUCAUAUGAUCAACAUCUUGGACGGGUCAGUUCGUCUAAAAAAACUAGUUCUGCCUAGUUGAAAACUUUUAAUAGUUCUAGCAUCAACAUGAACAUCAUGUAUUCUUGUCAACAUAUGAGUGGUAAAACACAGCAUAGAAUUUUGAAUCUUUUCCGAUAAAAUGAUCUCAUUGUUGAUUGAAAAAUGAAUGAACAAAUAUGGGUCAACUACAACAAGCACAGACACAGUCUAAAAACGUUGAAAAAUGCAUAGUUCAAGUUAAGUUUAACAUAGUGAGAUCAUAAAAGAUUGUUUUCGUAUUCCGGGAUAACUCCAAAGUAAGCAGUAUCCGUAUCGCACGCUGAUGCUGCCUCUACUGCCAUAUUACAGUGAUGAAGAAGAUACGGUGUUCCGCGAAAGAGGC